AUGCGUCACGCACAUUUCCUUUUGAUUCUCAAAUCCAAGUAUAAGUUGUAUACUGCAGAUGAAUAUGACAAAAUAGUUUGUGCUGAGAUACCUGACAAAAAGAAAUUUCCUCAUCUAUAUAAAAUGGUAGUUAAGCAUAUACAUCAUGGUCCUUGUGGUUCAGCAAAUCCACAGAAUGUCUGCAUGAAAAAAAAUGGAUUCUGUAAAAACUCUUAUCCAAAAGAAUUCUGCAAUGCAACUAUUCAAGUAGCUGAUGCAUAUCCAAAGUAUAGGCGCAGAGAUAAUGGCAUCAAAGUUAAAGUGAGAAAUGUAUGGCUCAAUAAUCGCUGGGUUGUCCCUUAUAGCGCCUAUCUACUUGCAAAAAUUGACUGCCACAUUAACAUUGAUAUAUGUUCGACAGUAAAGGCAAUCAAAUAUAUAUACAAGUACAUUUGUAAGGGACAUGACAGAACCAGCUUUCGAGUUGUAGCUGAUAGUCCACAUUGUGAGAUUGAUAAAAUCAAACAGUAUGUGUCAGCAAGAUGGAUAUCCCCUCCAGAGGCUACUUGGAGAAUUUACAGGUUUCCAACUAGCGAGAUAAAGCCAGCUGUUAUUCACUUACAGUUGCAUCUGGAAAACCAGCAACCGAUGAGCUUCAAGAAGAACACUGAUCUGCCUAAUGUUGUCAAUAAUGGUCAACUAAGAAAAACAAUGUUAACUGAAUUCUUUUACGUGAACAGAAUGAACAAGGAAGUUGAGGAUCUGAAUUACACCUAUGUGGAAUUUUCAGAACAUUUUGUUUGGAGUCCGAGCCAAAGAAUGUGGAAAAUUUGUGAGCAGAGAGAUUCUAUAGGUAGAAUAGUUGUUGCACAUCCUGGUAAAGGUGAAAGAUAUUAUCUAAGAUUGUUAUUGACAAAAGUCAGAUGUCCAACAUCAUUUGCAGAUCUCAGAACUUUUGCUGAAGUUCAGGUGCAGACUUUCCGUGAAGCAGCAUUGUUAAGGGGAUUACUGGAGGAUGAUAACAGCCAGGAACUUUGUUUGCAAGAAGCUUCUCACUUUCAUAUACCAUAUGAAAUGAGAAGAUUGUUUGCAACACUCCUGGUUUAUUCAAGUCCCAAUAAUCCGCCAUCAUUGUGGUCUAAAUUUGAAGAUGUUAUGUCUGAAGACUUUCUUAGAUGCAAAACUUUAACAGCAAGUCAAGUUAGAACAAAGGUGCUUGAUCAAAUAAAUGGCUUCUUACAGUCUAUGGGGAAAAAUAUUUCUUCAUUCAACUUGUACCCACUUGAUUUCUCAAUGGAUGAUAUGGAAAGUCAGACAAGGGAGUUAAAUGCAGAAAGAAAUAUAAGUGUUGCAGCAGCUGAUUUGGAUACUUGUGCUUUGCUGAAUCAAAAGCAAAAAGAAGCAUUUAAUGUCAUCUGUGAAAAAGUUUACACCAACAAAAGUGGUGCUUUCUUCGUUGAUGGUCCGGGAGGUACCGGAAAAACCUUUUUAUAUCAUGCAUUACUCGCUGAUAUAAGAUCAAAAGGUCAUGUUGCACUUGCUACCGCAACAUCUGGAAUAGCUGCUUCAAUUCUUCCAGGAGGGAGAACAGCUCACUCGCGAUUCAAAAUUUCAAUAGAUAUUUCUGAUGGAGGAACUUGUCGGAUUAGUAAGCAGAGCUCUCUAGUAACUUUGAUCAAAGAAUCAAAGCUAAUCAUUUGGGAUGAGACUCCAAUGUCUAAACGAGCAGCUAUUGAAGCAUUGGAUGAUAUGCUUAGAGACAUCAUGAACUCAAACAAAAUUUUUGGAGAAAAGGUAGUAGUUUUUGGAGGUGAUUUCAGGCAAACAUUACUGAUUGUUCGUAGUGGAACAAAGGCUGAAACAAUUAAUGCUUGCUUCAUUAAUUCGUCUUUGUGGCCUCACUUGCAAAAGUUACAAUUAACUGAAAACAUGAGAGCAAAAUCAAAUCCAUUGUUUACACAGUUUAUAUUGGAAUCUUCAAUUAUGAUCAAAUACACCAAUGAAGUUGAUUCACUUGAAAGACUGAAGGAUGCUGUCUAUCCUGAUAUUAACACUAUAUCAGAAAAUGCAGCUUUGUCGUUGAACAGAGCAAUAUUGACAACAAAAAACCACUUUGCUGAGUAUGGUGAUUUCCUUAACACAUUAAGUCCGAGUGGUUUGCCUCCUCACAAGCUUGUGCUUAAGCCACAUGCACCAAUAAUUUUGUUACGAAAUCUUGAUCCAACUGAAGGGCUAUGCAAUGGAACAAGACUGAUCUGCAAGUCCUUGACUAAAAAUGUCAUUCAUGCAGAAAUAGCAGUUGGUCACUUUGCUGGCAAGAAGGUCUUCAUACAUAGGAUUCCUUUGCAACCUACAAAUGAUGACCAAUACCCUGUUCCUUACAAAAGGACUCAAUUUCCUGUUCGUUUAUGUUUUACUAUGACUAUUAACAAAUCUCAAGAACAGACACUUGAUUUUGUUGGUCUCUAUCUGAAGGAACAUGUCUUUUCACAAGGACAAUUAUAUGUUGCAUUGUCCCGUGCCAAAACAUCAAAUGCUAUUCGGGUUUUGAUUAAACCAGAGUACUUUAGCUUAGAUGAUAUUGAUUGCAUAAAAAAUAUAGCUUAUAGAGAAAUAUUGGAUCAUUCUUGUUACGACAGAAUGAGCAGGCGUUUAUUCGACAUACUUGAUAUCAAUAAACAAACUGGACCAUGGACCGUCCUUGUUCAGGUUGUUGAAAGAGGAAAUGUACAUGUAGCACGUACUGCACCAUACAAAAAAUUCCGUCGAUUCUUGUUGACUGAUUCUCAGAUUUCUACACCAGUCUCCGGCACACAGCAAUACUUGAACAGUUCUCGGGUGAAGUGA